CACCUUUUCGCCUACAAGCACACCUCGCUCGCCUCUUGCCUUUGACAUUUUCCCGGUCCUUACUUCCUCUCCUUUUCUCGGAAAAAUUUGUUGCCUUUUAAAGUCAAAUUCAUUCACGAUCUCUAGAAUAUCUGUGCAAGCUAGUAUUUUCUUCCCCAUAAUUGCUUCUUCUUUUCCUUCAACUCUGAAUUGGGAAUCUCUGAUUCUUCUGUCGCUUCUUUCACCAAUGCGUGCUCUGUUUUAGGGAGUCUUCUCCACCCUGUUUGUUUCCCGAGAAACUAAGACAUGGGUAUCUUAAGUCAGCUCUGAAAGUUUGGAGCUUUCCUUCUUGUCUCGUUUUUGUUUACUUCUCUAGAAGCUUGAAAGUUUCAGCCUUUCUACAAGAAUCGCGUUCCGUGGCCGUUGAGGUUUCAGCGUCGUUGGACAUUUUUUUAUUGCUACAAAAUCUUUUCUCGGAAAUAAUCAGGAUCUGUAUUUGAUUAAACUAAUGGCGGAAGGGUCAAAAGCUCGUUUAGUUCGCUGCCCAAAGUGCAACAAUCUCCUCACCGAGCUCCCCAACUUCUCCGUCUACAAGUGCGGUAGCUGCGCUGCUGUUCUUCGAGCAAAGAAGAAUCCCCGAGAAACUGACGGAGACAGUUUCGACAAAUUGGAGAGAUUAUCAGCGAAAGAGGGAGGGAUUGCUAUGAACCCAUAUGCAGCUAAUGCCAAACCCAUAUUCUCAUGGGAAAAAGAUCGAGUCUUUAGGCAAGGACCUUCCUAUCCGAGCAAUAAGUCAUCAAUGGUGGACCAAAGCCAGCCUGCAAUUGACAAUUAUACCAACAGAAGAAUGAUGAUGAUGAAAGAGAAGCAAAAUGGGUUUCAUGAUUUUGCUCCGAGAAGGGUGAUUGAUGAAUCAUCUUCCUAUCAGAACACUAGAUUGAUGGGUGGUGGUGUUAAUCGAGGCGAAUGCUCGACGAGUAGUUCGUAUGGAUAUGGAAGGGUUAGGAAGGAGGAGUAUGAUCCCCUUGAUAGAGCUACAAGUACUACUCGAAUUUCUUAUCUAGAACAUGAUCGAGCAGAGUUGCUGAGGAAGGUGGAUGAGUUGAAACAACAGCUUAACCAAGUCUGUGAUUCUUCUUCCACUAGUUUGAAGCACAAUGUGAUGAUUCCAUCACCAUAUCAUCAGUCCCACGCGCCACGUGGCUACUUCUCGAGCGAUUUGUCUCGAGAUCAAAGGUUCGAAUCUCAUCCACAUGGAAACUUGUACCAUAAGCAGCAGCAGCAGCAGCCUGCUGCUCAUUCAUCAUGUGCAUGCUGUAGUAAGAAUUUUCAUGUUUGUUCCUCUGAACCUCAACAGUAUGGUUCUGAUUUCAGCUAUGAUACACGUUCUGUGGGGGUUCCUCCUCCUUCGCCUGGCUAUAGUGUUGCCACAUCGCGAGAUCCACAGAUUCAAUCUCGAUGGCUUGCUGCUGUGGCCAAAGGUAAUAAUAGAAGGCUUCUCCGUCGUCCCAUAGCAUGUGGUGCUCCAUUUAUCACCUGUUGUGCUUGCUUUGAGUUGCUUGAAUUGCCUAGAAAGACAAGAAUGAAGGAGAAGGAUAGGGUGAAAUUGAGAUGUGGUGCCUGUUCGGAGGUGUUGAUGCUCGAGUUGAGAAGCAAGAAGUUAAUGGUUUCAGUUUGUGAAGAGAUGAAAGAAAUGGAUGUCAAGGCUGUCGAUGGCUCUUGUGAACUCAGCAAUGAUGUGCAUGAAAAUGUUGCCAAUGUUUGUGAGGUCCAGACAACUGGUUUACAAGGAAGUAUACAGGCAGAAGAAGAGCAGAUUUUAAAUAUUGUUGAACGUGACAAGAGGAAGGGCUAUGCUUCUUCUUCUGGAUCUUCGUCAUCCUCAUCAUUUUGCAGUCCUUCAGAUUCUUCCGAUGAAGAGGAAAGCAUCAAAGAAAUUGCUGUCCCACAACACGUCUCUUGUGCAAUCGAUCUGGCUGUCAAAGAUGGUGAAUCUCCAGCGAUGAGCACAAUGCACGAUGGCCAGGAGAAUUUGGGUGGUUCCAAGGAAGAAGCGCUGAACUUGGAACCGGAAGGGAACAUAAACACACACACCAGAGACCAAGCAAAUGAUGCAUCAAGGAAAGAUGCAUCAUCCAUGGCUGCAGCUGUUCCUGAAGUGGAGGAAGAAUUUUCCUUCAGUGAUUACAGAAACAUGGACUCAUCUCUAGACUCUAUAGAGAUGUCCAAUGCAAAAGCAUCUCCAAUCCACAGGCUGGCUGGGGUGUUUAAGAAGAGCUUCAAGGAUUUUGCCAAACCUCUUUCUCCUCAACCAGCAAAGAAGAACAAGCCUCUUGUCUUUGUAAAUGGACAGCCAAUUCAUGAAGACUCAUUGAGAAUGGCUGAGAAGCUAGCCGGGCCAAUUCAUCCCGGAGACUACUGGUACGAUUUUCGAGCAGGGUUCUGGGGGGUCAUGGGGCAGCCCUGCCUUGGUGUAAUUCCUGUGAGUCUCUCAAUCAUCUCACAUUACAAAAAAUUGUGCUGUUGUCUGGUGAACACAACUGACAUGGCUUUCAUCGAAGAGUUCAACUACCCUAUGCCGCGAAACUGUGCUGCUGGAAACACAGGCGUGUUUGUGAAUGGGAGAGAGCUCCAUCAGCAGGAUAUGGAGUUGCUGUCCAAGAGAGGGUUGCCUACCUUGAAGCACAAGUUCUAUACACUCGAGAUCGAUGGCAGACUUUACGACAACGACUCGAGGAAAGAGCUAGGUGGACUUGGCAAACUUGCUCCAACAGUUGAGAAGGUCAAGCGUGGCUUUGGCAUGAAGGUACCCAGAUUUGUGGAAUGACAUGAUGUUAUGAAUAUGUAUCUAUCAACAAUUCAUUGUGUUCUUAUUUGCCAGUUUCUGCUGGUUCUGUCCAAUAAAGCAAUGCUCUAUAUAUAUGGUCAAUCCAGCUAUUUUGGAUUGAUCUUUUUUAUAAGAGUGAUAUAAAUUCGAGGUUGUUACAUGUAUCUAGUUGUAGUAUUGCAAGAAGUACUAGUGAUUAAAUUCGAUUCGAUUUCUUUAUCAACAAGAUCUUGGUUGAAGAAGUAUCAAGAAUAUAGCUGCAAAUUGGUGGGGAAUGGGGUGUCCUAAAACAGAGAGACCAUACCAUGGAAAUGAUGAUGGUGAAGAUAGGGUAAGAGAGGAGUUUCUAGUAGUUGUGGAGUGGGGAAGAGAUCUCAUUAGUUUGGAGAAGAAGAAUGUUGGCACAGCCUGGAAAGGUAACCAAUGGUGGGGACUUUGGCUUCUCUUUCAACUGAU